GGCCUAGCCUUGCCUAUGAACACAUACUAUGAUACCCUGUCGUUUGUGUAUCGUAUGACGAAUAUCUAGACAGCGGACAUAUAUUAUAUUAUUAUUUUUAACGUCUCCAAAUAAAAGAACACAGUGUUGCAUCUGCCAUUGAACACCCAUACUCUGCAGCAGGUAUGUAUAGAUAAUAGGCUGUUUAUCGUUUUUAUACGGAAACCAUGCUGUCUGAAAUCUGAAACGAAAUUAUCUUCAUGGCGGUCUCCUUGACUUGACGGUGACAGUGACAGUUAAAAGUGAAGUGUGAUCAAAGCCGACUUGACUGGUAUCUUGAUCAAGAUCUAUGCUAACUUGGGGGUUUCCUUCUCCCAGAAGUCAUGAUGCAGCAAUUUGCGUCUGGAGCCCACCUGGCUCACAACAGCAUUUUGCAACCUUUAAUAAAUUGCUGUUUCCAUCGAUUGAGAACGUCAUCAAUGAGUAGACUUCUUAGCUUCACAAGCCAGAGCAGAAUACAGUUUGGAACAGGUUCCUUUGGCUGUCAACAGCACAGACCCCUGGGAACUAGGACACAUUUCUUUUGUAUCAGUAUCAAUGACAGUGUUCACCGUGCGACUAUUCAUUGCAAGCGUUUUAUGAGUUCCGACCUGAAUGAAAGGGAAAGUGAAUGGCGACGGAGUCCAAAGACCUCUGUAUUCAGUUUGAAUAAUAGGAUAAUGAGACGAGACAGAACGGAAGGCCAAGCUCUCUUCAGGGACUUGAUUAGCAAAAAAGACUCGGGAGACUGGAGUAUUGCCGACUGGGAUGAAGUGGCAGCACUCAUCUCCUCCAAUGUGAAAGGACCGUGGGAAGCCUUGUGUAUGCAAACCCUGUACGCAGAUCGCAAUGUUGAAUUAGGGCGCUCAUUGAUGAAUUAUUUAGAGGGAAAAGACGAUUGUCCGAACAGAGUUGUUGUGCCUUACUUUAUUGCUUUAUUAGGGGCGACAUCAGGUGAAAAUGUAAACCAGGAUCAAGAGUUGAAGAAGUAUUAUGACGAUUUCAUGUCAGCAACAGAUCUGCUGGAUGCUGCCACUAUUGAGGUUCUCAUCAAGGGUCUGGCUUACAGCAGUCACUACCUGGAAUGCCUAAAGCUUUUGGAAAUUUGUAGAGAGACUCACAACCCUGGGUCUGGCAUGUUAUUCCAUGUUUUGUUGGCGAGUCUUCGAUAUCAUGACAUGGAUCUUUGUGAACUCAUUCUGUCUGAAUAUGAGCAAGCUGCUGAACCAACUCAACUGCAGUCACUAGCUGCAGAGAUUGUGGGCACAAGUCUGACUGUAGGAAAUGAAAGAGGCCUUACGAGAGUAAUGGAGUUUAUGAAAAAGCAUGGACUUUUGAUACCGAAAAAACAGUUGGAUGAGAUAGUGGAGACAUUCCACAGCCAUCAGCCAGGAAAGUGGACUGAAACGUAUGGAUACAUACACCAUAAAGGGGGUAAUUGUGUCGUCUGUCGGCAUCAGAUGGAUAGACUGAACGUCACCGAUGAAGAAUUCUCGGGGCUGCGGUCAGCCUUCACUGACCAGGUCAUCGUCGGCAGCAAUAUUUUCUACAAGUCUACGCCCGAAGAGCUGAAGCACUUCAUGGACUUUGUGGAGAGGAAUGGGCCCUUCGACGUGGUGAUAGAUGGCCUGAAUGUCAUACACAAAGGUCCCAAGCCUCCGCGGAGGGAGAGACUGGAACGAGCAGUAGCCUACUUUGCAGAAGCCAAUAAAAAGAUCCUAAUUUUAGGAUCCAAAGCUCUCAAGGUUUCUGCAUCAAAUUUCCGACGUUCAGGGUCAAAGCCGACAAUAUACAUGACAUCCACUACGAAGGCAGACGAUGUUUUCUUUCUGUACGCUGCCAUACACAGCAGCAAGGACACGCUGAUUGUUUCGUUUGACAAGCUGAGGGACCAUAAAUUCCGUUUGGAGCGAAAGCUGAGGCCAAUCUUCCACAAGUGGCUGCAGUCAGUCCAGAUCUACGACUGGUUUUUCUCGAGAUACGGCGAUUUUGGAAUCCGGAGAAGACAUUUGUUCAGUAUUGGCCCGGCUAAAGAUGAUGGCGGCUGGCAUUUCCCUGUGAACGACUGUGAUAAGGAUGCUCCCUAUGGAAAACUGGGCGUGCUUUGCUUGAGGCACGGGAAAAGAAGAUCGCCACCACCCAGAGUGAGGAGAAGUCAUCAAAAGUCUUCAACUGGAGUACGUUUGGGAACAGAUGCAAGAAAGGAGUGGUUUGAAACGUGAAAAUGGCUUUGAUUGAAAUGCUUGGACAUUGUUGUAGAACCAAAAUGGGUUGAGUUAACCCGUACAGUGCAACAGCUCCUCAGGGAACACCUGGUCCAGGAUCACGCAGAGGGAAAUAAUUCAGUUCCAAUGAUUUUCUGUUACUGUGUUUAGUUUCAAACAUCAUUGAUGUCUUGAUUGGGAUAUGGAUGUGCACCCCACAUGCCUCCACCAUUUCUUUCUAGGUCUCCCAACGGGAUAAUAUAACAACUGUUGGUCGAACUUGUCAACCCCACCGAGGGGAUACCAAUAAAUUUUUUACCCGAGUAUGAAGGAGUGGAGCUACGAACUUGAAAUUUGGUGUAACAACACUUUGCCAGAUGAGUUCUGCACUUUGGCUUUUUGGGGGUUGGAGAAGAUGAUGUUUUCCAUUGUAUUGAAGCAGAUUUUGACUCUGGGUCGAAGUGAUAGACCCAGCUUUCAUCCAUUGUUACUAAACGGUCAAAAAGUUGUCAGGGUCUUCAUCAAACAUGUCAAUCAUUCGCUGACUGCACUGUGCUCUCAGCUCUUUUUGAUGAGGGGUGAGGAGAUGGGGCACCCAUCUUGCAGACACUUUCGACAUAUUCAAAUGUUCAUAAAGAAUUGUCUCAACAGAUCCAUAGCUCAAGCCAGUUUCUGUACAAAGUAGUCCGAGAGUAACGCGCCUGUCAUUACGCACAAUCUUCUAGACUUGAAACAUUAACUUCAGUCAUGGAUGAGACAGGGUGACCUUCUCGAGGGUUGUCUUCAAUGGACAUGCUACCGCAUUUGAAUCGCUUGCACCAGUAUUUGACCACAUCAUAGUUUCGGCAGAUAUCUCCAUACACUACUGACAUUUUAUAGUGUACAGACCGUGGUUUUUUUCCUUGGAGAUCACCGCUCUCAUGAAAAAUUUUUCCGUUUUUUGAACAAAAAUGAAAAGUGCUAAUCAUGCUUUCAAGGGUGAUGUUAAACUACCUGCUGUACAACCUGAACUAACCAUCAGAAAUUCCCAAUUAUUGGUGUACAUUCUUAGUUUAGAUGUAUCUUGAACCUGUUCAAAUUUCAAGUUCGUACCUCUACCCCUUCGCACUUAGGUAAAAAAACUUAUUGACACCCCCUCGUAGUGCUACACAUAUAAGUAUCGUUCGCAUACAAAUGUUCAUCGAAUUAAAAAACAUAUGAAUGCAAACAUGAUGGCCUGUGUUGCAAUAUGGUGCACACAGGCCAUCCACCACUUCAAAACCGAGAGGUUACCAAGGAUCCCUCCGGUCGUUUUUUCCUGUGUAAAUGUCAUAUCCCAGACAGAAUCCAGGUUUGGAAUCACUGGUUGAUUCUGGAUUGCGAAGUGAAAUGUCAGGAUGCCUUCUCAUAAAAUGUGUAAACCUGUCUGGACCAGCUUCCUGAUUGGCAGACCAUGAAGGAAGAUGUCUCACUUUGAACCUUUCUGCGCACUGAAAUGCAAGCUCUGCUGGCGGCUGUCAUGAGGUCUGAGCCUUAUUAUAUGGAAGAAGCUUCCUUGGGGUAGUCUACACAGGGAUGGAAAUUUUCAGUAAAUUUAUGGAAAUCCUUAAUUUUGAUUUGUUCUGCCAUUUUCCGUAAGUGUCCUUUCAAUGGUGAGUCAUUCUACCAUGUGUACUAAUCUACAAUUGAAUAAGUGUUUUUCCAAAUCCGUAUAGCCUGCGAAAAAUUCAGUAAAUUUUGGACUAAUCAGUUUCCAUCCCUGAGUCUACAAGUAGACGCUUUUGCUCCUGACUAAACACCUGGCGGGGUUUAGCAUAGCCAGACGAAGUUAUGCCAUCUCUCUUCCGGGCAAGAUAGUCUUUCAGUGUUGAACAUGGUAUGUCAAAGUCCUUUGCAGUCUUGCGAACCCUGUCGCUAGUAGUUUCAAUGUGUUCAUGGGCUCGUCGUAGGGUGGUCUUCGGGAAUUAAGCCAAUCUGACCUUUUUCUAAUAGUGCAAGGUGUACAGCAUUUGGUGUUUUAUCGCGAAAGAGCAAAGAAACUGCGAUCUGAAUUGCCCCGAUUUCACUGAUACCACGCGCUCGGACGGCCGUGAGUGCCCGCGAGGCCGUGUUUACACUACCUACUUUUUAUCAUUGAUAGAUGAGCUUUUUGGGUGAUCAUUCUUGACGCGCAGCAGCCUUAUUUUUCCUUUGAAUUGGGGUCUUGAAAAAAAUUUCCAGGAUUUAGUGUGGACCCUGUAUGUGAAAUUCUGAAAUUCUUUGCAGCUGUUCAGUUCUAGUGUGAAGCACAAUAUCUCGGUGUCCGACAGAAUUGUUGGGCAUAAGAAUAGCAACUUCUUUCAGAGUUGGUGCAUUGUUUGUCCUGUCAUGAGUUCCUAAUGGUUGCGACGCCUCGCUGAUCACAAUUUUGAAAUUCCCUAUGCUACGGUUGUUGGCAAAUUCAUAGGCACCUUUUAGUUCCUUAAUGUAUAUGUGAUUUUCUCUUAACUCUUUUCCACCACAUACAGUAGAGUGAAAAAACCCUUUUCUCCACAA